AUGAACGGUGUGAAACAUGGCAGAAACCUCAACAUAAAUAUGGCUGUAAAAAAAAGUGAUUUACGCUCCAGAAGGCACACAAGACCCAACGAACUUCAGUGUAGUCUUGAGAAGCAAAUUCACAAGGUCAUCCGUCAUCCUGUCAAGGUGUCACCCAGGCCACCUGUCAAGGUGUCACCCAGGCCACCUGUCAAGGUGUCACCCAGGCCACCCGUCAAGGUGUCACCCAGGCCACCUGUCAAGGUGUCACCCAGGCCACCUGUCAAGGUGUCACCCAGGCCACCUGUCAAGGUGUCACCCAGGCCACCUGUCAAGGUGUCACCCAGGCCACCCGUCAAGGUGUCACCCAGGCCACCCGUCAAGGUGUCACCCAGGCCACCCGUCAAGGUGUCACCCAGGCCACCCGUCAAGGUGUCACCCAGGCCACCCGUCAAGGUGUCACCCAGGCCACCCGUCAAGGUGUCACCCAGGCCACCCGUCAAGGUGUCACCCAGGCCACCCGUCAAGGUGUCACCCAGGCCACCCGUCAAGGUGUCACCCAGGCCACCCGUCAAGGUGUCACCCAGGCCACCCGUCAAGGUGUCACCCAGGCCACCCGUCAAGGUGUCACCCAGGCCACCCGUCAAGGUGUCACCCAGGCCACCCGUCAAGGUGUCACUCAGGCCACCCGUCAAGGUGCCACCCGUCAAGGUGUCACCUAGGCCACUUGUCAAGGUGUCACCCAGGCCACCCGUCACGUGUCACCCAGGCCACCCGUCAAGGUGUCACCCAGGCCACCCGUCAAGGUGUCACCCAGGCCACCCGUCACGGUGUUACCCAGGCCACCCGUCAAGGUGUCACCCAGGCCACCCGUCACGUGUCACCCAGGCCACCCGUCAAGGUGUCACCCAGGCCACCCGUCAAGGUGUCACCCAGGCCACCCGUCACGGUGUUACCCAGGCCACCCGUCAAAGUGUCACCCAGGCCACCCAGGCCACCCGUCACGGUGUUACCCAGGCCACCCGUCAAGGUGUCACCCAGGCCACCCGUCACGGUGUUACCCAGGCCACCCGUCAAAGUGUCACCCAGGCCACCCGUCACGGUGUUACCCAGGCCACCCGUCAAAGUGUCACUCAGGCUACCCGUCAAGGUGACACCUCAUCAGCGUGUCACUCGUUAAUAAGUCAUCCACGUCACCCGUCAUCUACCAUCGCUCCUCCACUGUUGCCCCCAACAGUGAUCCCAAAAAUUUACUAUCCGGACGGCUUCCCCAAGCCAGGCCGGACGCCUUCCCCAAGCCAGGCCGGACGCCUUCCCCAAGCCAGGCCGGACGCCUUCCCCAAGCCAGGCCGGACGCCUUCCCCAAGCCAGGCCGGACGCCUUCCCCAAGCCAGGCCGGACGCCCUCCCCAAGCCAGGCCGGACGCCCUCCCCAAGCCAGGACGGACGCCUUCCCCAAGCCAGGCCGGACGGUUUCCCCAAGCCAGGCCGGACGGCUUCCCCAAGCCAGGCCGGACGGCUUCCCCAAGCCAGGCCGGACGCCUUCCCCAAGCCAGGCCGGACGGCUUCCCCAAGCCAGGCCGGACGGCUUCCCCAAGCCAGGCCGGACGCCUUCCCCAAGCCAGGCCGGACGGCUUCCCCAAGCCAGGCCGGACGCCUUCCCCAAGCCAGGCCGGACGCCUUCCCCAAGCCAGGCCGGACGGCUUCCCCAAGCCAGGCCGGACGCCUUCCCCAAGCCAGGCCGGACGCCUUCCCCAAGCCAGGCCGGACGGCUUCCCCAAGUCAGGCCGGAAAUGAUGAGGACUGA